AUGAGCUGGCCUUGCCCUUGCGGCGCGGCGCGGCGCGGCGCGGCGGAGAAAGCGGGCCCGCUGGAUGCGCGCGGCCGCCCGGUCGCCGACCCUCCGCCGCGUUGCCUCGGGCCUUCCCGUCCGCCGCCCGCCCGGCCCAAAUCCGUUCGCUUUCAGCUGGUCGGCCCGGCUCUGCCACCUCCCGGGCGCCCGCCCGGCCUUCGCGUCGACGGGGCCAGUUCGGCGGGGCGCAAGGCGAAACGUUGCUAUCAACUGUGCAACGAGGUGCCGAAGCAGGCCGAGGCUCCAGAGGCGCUCCAGAUCCGGAGGCGGCGGCCCGAUUCCGCCCCCCAGCGCCUUGGCCUCGCCCGCGGCGCCGCUCUGCCAUUCAGCGCGGAAACGCCGAGGAUCCGGGCCGGCGCCGCGGACGCGCAUUGCACGCACUUAGCGAACGGGUGGAAAUCUUUGCAGCCGUCGGAAACGGUGGAAGCG